AUGGACUUGCAAAUCCCACAAAUCGACACAAGAUUGAAAGACUCGAUCGACCAACUCAACCUAUCCAAUGACGAGCCGUGGACCGAUUCUGCCUACCCAAACAAUCGCAGAGAGCGGAUGGUUGUAAGCAACAAUGGGAUCCGUUCCAAAAUUAAGACCGUUGACGGGAACGAGCUGGACACAAUUUUCAUCGAUCGCAGAGGAGAACAAGAUAACCGGAGUGGACGAUUUUUAGUAAUUUGUUUCGAGGGCAACCAAACCUACUACGAAAUGGGAAUGACCAGGACCCCCAUUUUGAAAGAACAUUCGGUGUUGGGAUACAAUAGACCCGGGUUUGGGGAAUCCACCGGUCGACCAUACCCUUAUUAUGAGCUUAAUGGCGCGGAGGCAGUGCUGCACUACGCUCAAGAAGAACUUGGCUUUGAAGAUGACGACAUCAUCAUAUAUGGGUGGUCGAUCGGGGGAUUCCCCGCGUCAUAUUUGGCAGGCCAAUUCCCAAAUAUCCGCGGUCUGAUGAUUGAUGGCACCUUUGACGACCUACUACCUGUCGUGCUUAACCUUGUACCGGGCUGUCUCUCAAUGUUGGGUUAG